UCGCUUCGUCGACAAGUCUCGUAGUCGUUUUAGAUCAUUCUCUCUGUUUUUGAAUUCUGACUUCGACUUCGGACUCCAGGAGCUCGACACUCGUCGACGUUGCAGAGGGAGCAAACACUUGUGCAAUUCCCGCUGGCCCUCUCGUUUUUUCUUUUUCUUCAGUUUCUUUGGAGGGAAUCUGAGCCUUUUCAUCUUUUUUCUUUCUGGCGGGAAAUUCAAGCUAUUCCUCACCUAUUCAUUGACCCAAUUAUCGGUUUACGAAUAGAACUCCGAGAGAGAGAGAGAGAGAGAGAGAGAGAGAGAGAGAGACCAGGGGGAUGGGGGUGUCGGACAAUGUGAAGGGGCUGAUACUUGCGGUGGCGUCGAGCGUCUUCAUUGGCUCCAGCUUCAUACUGAAGAAGAAGGGCCUCAAGCGCGCCGGUGCUGCUGGUAUUCGCGCAGGAGUUGGAGGUUAUACAUAUUUACUAGAGCCACUUUGGUGGGCAGGCAUGGUGACAAUGAUUGUUGGAGAGGUUGCAAACUUUGUAGCUUAUGUCUAUUCUCCAGCAGUUCUAGUGACCCCACUUGGUGCACUAAGUAUAAUUAUCAGUGCGGUUUUGGCUCACUUCAUGUUGAGAGAACGUCUGCAGAAAAUGGGUAUUGUUGGAUGUGUAUCCUGUGUUGUGGGAUCAGUUGUAAUUGUAAUUCAUGCACCUCAGGAGCAUACUCCCUCUUCUGUACAAGAAAUCUGGACACUGGCUACUCAACCAGCCUUCCUUAUAUAUGUUGCUGCUACCCUUUCAAUAGUGUUGGCCUUGAUUUUGCAUUUUGAACCUCGCUAUGGGCAGGAAAAUAUACUGAUCUUCUUGGGAAUUUGUUCUUUAAUGGGCUCACUUACGGUUGUGAGCAUAAAGGCCAUUGGAAUUGCAAUUAAGCUUACACUGGAGGGUGUAGGUCAAAUGGCUUAUCCUCAGACUUGGUUUUUUCUCACUGUUGCAGUGAUAUGUGUCGUUACACAGUUAAAUUACCUGAACAAGGCAUUGGAUACAUUCAGUGCAGCAAUUGUUUCUCCAGUAUAUUAUGUAAUGUUCACAACGCUGACCAUCAUUGCUAGUGCCAUAAUGUUCAAGGAUUGGUCAGGUCAGAAUGUGAGCAGCAUAGCCUCUGAGAUAUGUGGAUUCAUCACUGUGCUUUCAGGAACAAUCAUACUUCAUGCAACCAAAGAGCAGGAACCACCUCCUGCACAAGGUACUGUAACAUGGUACAUUAGUGGGGAUUCAAUAAAGAGUUUUGAAGAUGAACAUUUGAUAACUAUAUGCAAUUCAGAUGUUCUUGAACAAUGAACUUUUCUUAAGAGAAUGUGAUCCCCCAGCAAGCAACGCACCUCCAACGGCUAUUAAGAGAAGAGAACAUUUGCAGAUUGAGAAGCUUACCAUUUUCCUUGGACAAACCUUUGGGUAUCAACAGGUGGUUGGGCCGUCUUCGUCCCGGUUUUUUAUCAGCUCAUGGGUAAGAUCCUCAGUAGACCCAAAUCUUUGCAUAAUGCUGUAACCUCAACUCAGAUGGGGGGUUACAGAGCUGGGUCAACAACAGUGGAGAUACCUACAACGAUAACAUGGAAGGUUUCAUCAUGUAUAGGAGAAUAAGAGAUUAAUAAUUAUGAUAUAUAUAUAUAUAUAUAUUUGCAUAUUGACAUUUCUCUUCUCUUUUCAUUCAAUAUAUUUCAGUCAAAUUUUUUAUCA